ACUCCCUCUCUACAUCUACACCUGCCCACCUCCCUUAGAAGAAGGAACUAUCCCAUUUAGAUUCUCUUUUAGGCUGCUGUUGCUACCCUGCCACUCUUUUUCUACUGAUUUUCUUUGUCUUUCCUUCUCUUAAUUUUUCACCUAAACCUCUCAUCUUUGCUGAAAAAAAGAAAGAAAUAAUGUAUGCAGAUACUGAAUUGAUGUAUCCAUAUUUCCAGAUUUUCUCUCAAGAAGUUCAGCCAUUAGAAGAGCUUUGUUGUUACUCUCAAGAACCCACUUCAUCAUUGGACAGCAUCAUCACAACCGCUACAAUCUCGGACUAUGACUUGGGAGGUGAAGGAGACCUUUUCAAAGCACCGGAGCCGAUAAUUGAAGAAUCCGUUGGGAGCGUCAAUCCCAUGGAAGACGCUAUUGUGAUGAUAUCAUGUGUGGAUGAUGUCAUAUCAACUUCGGGCCUCAAAGUAGGUGACAUGGAAGCACUGCAAAGUGAGCAGCUCCUGUGUGAUGUUUUCGAUGGAUGUCAGCACGAGUUAUUGGAGAAAACAUCGGUGGAAUCAACUGUUUCUGAUUCCGUAGACAUUAAACUCCCUCUCAUCAUGACAAACGAACUUCAAACCAGAGAAAACAAACCACUUCCUGAUUUGCCGUUUUCAAAAACUGGUAGCUCCGGGUCGUUAAACUCGAUGGAAUGGAUGAGUGGUGCUGCGGCCAGGCCGAGUUUCUUAGAUUUUUCUGAAAUGGAUUUCGGAGCUGCUUAUGGGAUGAGGAGGGCGUAUAGUGAAGGCGACAUAAAGACUCUCGUUAAUGGUAAUAGAAGCCUCAUCCAUUCAACUCUCCAGCGGCCACUAAUUGGCAAUUGUCCGUCUGAAGAACGCCUGCAACAGCUUUCCAGAUACAGAAACAAGAAAUCUAGGAGGAACUUCGGCCGGAAAAUCAAGUAUGCCUGCAGGAAGGCUCUAGCUGAUAGUCAGCCAAGAAUCCGCGGUAGAUUUGCGAAGACUGAAGACACCGAUAGUUGCAAGAAGCAAUGAGUAUAUCAACGACCGAUCCCACAAACAAACAAGGAAAAACAUAGAUAGACUUGGAUGAUAACGACGUAGAAUUAAUAGCGAGUCUAUAUAAGGCAUAGCAUUCGUGGAUUACAUGAUGCACCAUAUAUAAGUGUUCGCCGAAUACUAUAUAGCACCUAAUAAGUUGGAAGAGACUACUAAUCUCUAAAGAAAAAGUACUUGGUAAUUUGUUGUAGUAAUAAGUUAUAAGUUUCUUUCUAGAAGUAGUAUUAAUUAGUAACUGCUUAGCUUAGAAAUGUAUAUAGUUAAUGAAAUAAGGUUUAAGAUGCUACUACUAUGUUUUGGAGCAUGUAUGUAGGUUGUAGUGAAAUGAAUAUGUCUGAUGUUACUGUAAACUGUGUGCACAGGUUCUUUUUGUUGCUGUUUGGUUAGUUCUAUUUUGUUGUAAAUGUUGAAGCCUAAAACAUAUGUUUGUAAUUAUGUGUUCAUAUGCUCACCUCGUUGACAUCUUAAUUUACGGGUUUGUUUGGCAAA